CAAUACUGUCUUUCUCUACCUAUCUUCUUCUCUCAAACUCUCUAUCCGUUUCUGUUGCAUGAGGAUGGAAGGAACAGGGAUUGAGAUGUACCUGCCACCAGGGUUCAGGUUUCACCCCACCGAUGAGGAGCUUCUGGUCCAAUACCUCCUCCCCAAGACUUCCGGUCUCACCUUCUCCUCCAACGUCAUUGCAGACGUCCACCUCUACAGACACGACCCAUGGGACCUGCCUGGUAAAGCUUUUUUUGGCGACAACGAGUGGUAUUUUUUCAGCCAGAGGCACCGGAAGUUCCCCAAUGGGUCGAGGCCCAACAGGGGCGCCGGAUCCGGCUUCUGGAAGGCUACCGGCACCGACAAGACCAUCGUGGCCAACGGCCGCAAAGUGGGCACCAAGAAGGCGCUCGUUUUCUAUGUAGGAAAGCCUCCAAACGGGAGCAAGACCAAUUGGAUCAUGCAUGAAUACCGGCUCCUAGAUGACAAUGGCCGCCUCCCACAAAAAAAAGCAACCCCCUGCCGUGAUGAUUGGGUUCUGUGCCGAAUUUACAAGAAGCGGACCGGCCUGCAGAAGGGAAUGCAAAGGUUGAAACAGCAUGAUGAAGUCGUCAGUUUCCCUUCGGAUGGAGAGUCCUUUGCAUCACUUUCCGCCGGCGGCGACCAAAGUUCGGAGUCCAACGUGAACCAAUGGACGGCGGUGCGGGAAAUGAACGCUGAUUACCAACAACAGCAACUAACAUACAGCUCAGAUUUCAACCUCAGUACAGAUGAUUUUUUCAUGAAUCUGCCGACCUACAUGGCGGUUGGACGAGUGGGUUAUGGUCCUCUGGAGCUCUCCAACGAUUUCUUCAUGGAGUUUGAGGCAGAUUCAAGUGCUGGGCAUGUGGGAGAUGUAGAGGUGGGUGCAAAUAUUUCACCAUCAGCAGCAGCAGUAGCAGCGACUAAUCUGCCGGCGAGACUAUUUUCUCUAGCUGCCAUUCUGUACAGACAGUUAUGCACUAAAUUAAUCAUAUAA